CCGCAAAACCCACACCCUUGCCCACUCCACCCUCACCACCUUCCACUCUUCCUGGCGAAUCACUCGGCGACACACGGUUACCCGCCACGCGACAAAGGCGAGCGAUGCAGAGCGACGAGUCAGAUAGCGCGAUCGCGGGCGAGCGAAUAGCGGCGCUGAGGGCGCUGCAGGCGCGCCGGCAGGAGCUGCUGCAGGCACUGCGGGCUUUGGAUGAGGAAGAUCGACGGCUGAGAUUAGGCGUAGGGUGUGAGGCGGGGGGCGAGAGAAGGAGAGAGGGGGGAGACGAGGGGAAGCGGAAGCAGGAGACGCGGGAGGCGGAGUGCGCGGAAGCGAGCGGAGGGAAGCGGAAUGGCGGAGCGGAGAGAGCGAGCGGGACGGAGGCUUAUGCGGCGGCGGCAGCUGCUGACGGCCUCCCGGGGGGGGUGGCGGAUGGGGGGGAUGGCGGGCUAACGAGAGGUGCGGGACGGGAGAGACGGGUGGGCGGGACGGAGAUGGCUGGGGGGGGAGUUAGCGGGGGGAAUGGCGCCGGGCGCGGGUUCGAAGCGGAGCACGGGAUGAGCGCGCGGGAGGUGCAGCGGUACUCGCGACAGCUCAUGCUGCCGUCGUUCGGCGUGGCAGCGCAGCAGCGCCUGACGAGCGGGUCGGUGCUGGUCGUGGGGGCGGGCGGCCUGGGCUCGCCCGCUGUGCUGUACCUCGCUGCCUGUGGCGUGGGGCGUAUAGGCAUCGUGGACAGAGAUGACGUGGAGCUGUCCAACCUUCACAGGCAGAUCAUUCACUCGGAAGCAACCGUGGGCCGCCCCAAGACAGAAUCAGCGGCAGCUGCGUGCACCAGGUUGAACGCUGACAUCACAGUGGAGACGCACAGCCAGGGCUUCACUCCCUGCAAUGCCGUCAAGCUUGUCUCCAGCUACGACGUGGUGGUGGACGCCUCUGACAACGUCAGCACGCGUUACCUCAUCAGCGACGCUGCUGUCGCCGCCGGCAAGCCGCUGGUGUCAGGCGCAGCGCUGGGCACAGAGGGGCAGAUCACAGUGUACCAUGCAACCCCCACCGCGCCGUGCUACCGCUGCCUCUUCCCCACGCCGCCCCCCUCCUCCGCCUGCCAGCGCUGCUCCGACAGCGGCGUGCUGGGAGUGGUCCCGGGGGUCAUCGGCGCGCUGCAGGCAGUGGAGGUGGUGAAGCUGCUGACGCGGGUGGGCGAACCCCUCUCAGCGCGCAUGCUCGUCUACGACGCCCUCGCCGCCUCCUUCCUCUCCGUGAAGCUGCGCAGCCGGGUGCCGUCGUGCGCAGCGUGUGGCGAGCACAGCAGCAUGACGCCUGACAGCAUCCAGGAGUUUGACUACGAGGCAUUCACCGCCUCGCCCUUCCACGACCAGGGUCCCAAGGCCCUGUCCCUCAUCCCUUCCGACCAGCGAGUGCCGCCCUCCGCGCUCCUCUCGGCGCGCCAGCAGCACCUCCCCCACGUGCUGCUGGAUGUGCGCUCGCCUCUGCACUUCGCCAUGGCCGCGCUGCCGGGGGCCAUCAACGCCCCGCUUGCCACGCUGCCGGACUCCAUUGAGCAUAUCCGGUCCUCCGCCAUGUCACUCGCCAGCUCAGCUACCAUGUCAGCCCUGUGUGCAGCAUCACAGGGUGCAGCAGGUGGGGCACAGGGCGAGCCGGCAGCAGCACAGGAAGGGCAGCAAGGUUCCGCUGGUGGCAUGGCUCGGGUGUUUGUGGUGUGCCGGCGCGGCAACGACUCGCAGCGCGCCGUGCGGGCGCUGAGGGAGGCGGGCAUCGGCACGGCUGUGAGCGUGGACGGGGGCAUGCAGGGGUGGGGUGCGCAUGUUGACCCCUCCUUCCCAACCUACUGAGCUAGAUUUGUGACUAGUUUGACGUGGCAUUUAUCUUUUUUGCUGGUUUGUUAUAGAACGGUUCUUGAAGGCUUGCAUUGUGAAAGGGCCAUUGUGUGCCCCUACUUCAA